CAUGUUGUCAUGAAAAACGGAUAGUAUAAACCAAAAAAGGUUCAACCGUUGUCAUCAUCAUCAAAUUGGGUACGAGCUUGAGAGCAUGGAAACUAGCUGGUUACUCACACUCUUUUGCUCUCUCUGCGCUUCCUUCCUCCUCAAGCCUCUUUUCUCGCUGAUCUUCUCCGGCAAGUCCAACAAGCUCCCUCCGGGACCGUCCAUAGCCUCGCUGAUCGGAAACAUCCUAUGGCGGAGUCGAUCCUUCCAGCUCGAACCCAUUCUCCGGGACCUGAAAUCAAUGUAUGGUCCUCUCUUCACUCUCCGAAUCGGCUCAACCCCGUCUAUUUUCAUAUCCAGCCACUCCCUCGCUCAUCAAGCUCUCAUCCAAAACGGCGCCAUCUUCUCCGACCGCCCGAUAUCGCCGCCUGUUACGAGGCUCCUCAAUAGCAAUCACCGUAACAUCAGCUCCGCCGCCUAUGGCCCCACAUGGCGCCUCCUCCGUCGCAAUCUCAUAUCGGAGAUUCUCCUCCCUUCUCGGGUCAAGUCUUACUCGAAAGCCCGACAAUGGGUUCUCGGAGCUCUUCUAAAACGACUCCACAAUGAAAGUUCCGACUCUGGUGUUCAGGUAAUCGUCCAUUUCCGUCACGCCAUGUUUUCCUUGCUUGCUUUAAUGUGCUUCGGAGAUAAACUCGAAGAAGCCCAGAUUAAACAGAUUGAGGCUACACAGAGAAAGGUUAUUCUCAGUUUUCGUCGGUUCUAUUUACUGAAUUUCUGGCCUACUAUAGGGAAUUACUUUUUCAGGAAUCUCUGGAAUGAGGCGAUUCAAGUAUCCCUAGAUCGUGAAAAAACUUUAAUCCCUAUAAUUAAAUCCCGAAUUGAGGCUAAAGAGGGAAUAGUAGAUGAGGAAGAUAAGGAUGGGGUGUUAUCUUAUGUAGAUACAUUAAAGAAUUUAGAAUUGGCAGAUGAGAAAAGGAAGCUCAACUAUGGAGAAAUGGCUACCCUUUGUGGGGAAUUUCUCAAUGCUGGAACAGACACUACUUCCACUGCUUUGGAAUGGAUCAUGGCCAAUUUGGUAAAGUACCCUUCUAUCCAAACCAAGCUCUAUGAUGAAAUCUUGGGUGUGAUAGGAACCUUAUCUGAAGAUGUUGUGAAAGAGGAAGAUUUACAAAAGAUGCCAUUUUUAAAAGCUGUGGUUUUGGAAGGCUUAAGACGCCACCCACCUGGGCACUUUGUGCUUCCCCACUCUGUCACUGAGGAAGUCGAAAUGGAAGGGUAUUUGAUUCCCAAGAAUGCUGUGAUCAAUUUCAUGGUGGCUGAUAUGGGGUGGGACCCAACGGUGUGGGAGGAACCAAUGGAGUUCAAGCCUGAGAGGUUUUUGAAAGGAGGGGAAGGGUUUGAUAUAAGUGGGAGUAGAGAAAUCAAGAUGAUGCCUUUCGGUGUUGGGAGGAGGAUUUGCCCUGGUUUGUCUCUGGCUUUGUUGCAUCUGGAGUUUUUUGUGGCUAACCUGGUUUGGCACUUUGAAUGGAAGAGUGUUGAUGAUGUUGAUCUUAGUGAAAAACAAGAGUUCACCACUGUCAUGAAAUAUCCUCUUCGAGCACAUCUCUAUCCUCGGAGUAACAUACAGAGUAUAAAUUAACUCGUUUAAAGUCUGGUAUAUUCUGCUAAUACCAUAUAGCUUGUGUAGUUUGCAUCUUUUAUAUGCUUUAAAAGGUUGCUCACACUUUGCUUAAAUAUGCUUAUACAACUAAUACAAGUUAAUAAAGUCAAUAACGUCUACUUAUCUGGAAAGUUUUUCUUAUUUUUCUUAUGUAAAACAUUUCAAUAAUAGUACAAUGCAUUGAUAUACAGAGUAUAUAGCGGAUGUCACUACUCCCUCAUCA